AUGGAGAUUGUGGAACUGGCUCGCACGAUUGGGAUAGCACGAGUGGAUGAGCAAACGGCCGAAAAGAAGUUGAUGAUAGCCAAGAGAAGAUUCAGCAGUGGGACAGGUCGAGAGAUGAGCAUGGCACAAGGCGUACGACAGGGAAGACUCUUUGAAGUCGAAGCCGUCCCUGUAAAUGCUACUCCUCUGGGUCAGAAAUGUGGAGCCAAGAUGCCGAGGUUGAAACAGAUAGUGGCGACGGUGAAUCUUAUGUUCCGUGUUCGGGUCCGGAUCAGUUCAGGCCACCAGAAAAAGAAAGAUGGGACUGGGACUGGUAAAGCGGGCGAAGGAACUCGUCCCAACGAAUCACGAAAACUGGGUGGAUACGAUAGCCAAGGUUUGAUGUGGUCCCGGCAAAUGCUACGACCCCACUCUUCAUUAGAGCGAUGA